CGUCUCAAUGUAUACUUUCAAAAUACCAACUUUUUAUAGUUGUUACUUAUUUGUAAGUAAAUUUAUUAAUGAUUGAAGUUAUGCACCGAAAAGAGUGAAUGUGGCUGAUCCAUUUGCACAGGCUGGCACAACAUCAGUGUCAGACAAGCCACAGGAUUUGAAUGUGGCAGACCCAUUUGCACAUGCUACCAUGUCAUCAAUAUUAAACAAACCACCACAGGAGUUGAAUGCGGCUGAUCCAAUUGCUCAUGCUACCAUGUCGUCUGUGUCAAACAAGCUGCAGGAGUUGAAUGUGGCUGACCCAGUUGCACAGAUUGCUAUAUCACUCUGUGAGGCAUUGGCAGCUGCGAAGGAACUAAUGGCGAAUUUGAAACUAUCAGGGUCGGAGAGCGAUUUAGCAGCAUCAGAAUUCACAAAGCAGGUGAUUUUUUUUGUGAAGCGAGCCCAGAACCUGCUUCCAGUAAAGAUGGAAAUGAUGUUUCAUAAGGUGUUGCUUCCAAUGGAUGUUGCUCCACGUGAUAACGGAAAAUUGAAAUUCUUAGCUGUUCCAAAGGUGUUUGCCGAGAAAUAUUUCCCCAAGCUUCUUUCUUCUGUCACAAGUCUACUGCUGAAGUUUGAAGAUCUUACUGGGAAGUUGUGGACGUUUCAGUACUCCUACAGCAACACUUACCAGUGCUACGCCCUCGCUGAAGGGUGGAGCCUCUUUGUUGAGAAGAAACAGCUCUCUGUGGGUGAUACUGUCUUCUUUUACCGUGGAGUUGGAGGGGAAGCCAAGUACAAAUUCUUCAUUCACUGGAAUCGUAGGGUUGAUGCGGCUAAGCAAUCCCUUGGUAAUGCUCUCCACCUGGACCAGACCCUUGUUCAGCCUGCCUUUCCCUCUGAUAUGAUUGCUGAUGAUGCCUCUGCUCCUUUCACUAAGUACAGUAAGGGGACUCCCUUUAGUUUAGUGCCGCCUCCUAGUCAAAAUCUUAAUAUCCCUCGUAACCCUUCAUUUGAUGUCAUGGUUGUUGAUGAUGCCCCGCCUCUUUUUACACCUACUAUUCAGAGUCGUUGUUCCCCUCUUAACGAUUCAUGUGAUGAGAUGGUUGUUGAUUGUGCUCUUGCUCCCUUUUGUCCAUCUCUUAGUCUCAGUCCUGGCCCCUCUCUUGAAAAGUCCUUUGUUGGGAUGACAGCCGAUGAUGCCUUGUGCUAUUGUGCUUUGUUUCCGCAUAAUUAUGAAUUUGAGAAAGAUAUGGUUGUUCAGCUAUGGAUAGCACAUGGUGUUUUUGUGAAGGAGCCAAUGGAGAGAAUUGCUGGUCUGUUUUUUGAGGAUUGCCUUUCCAGGGGUUACUUCUUGUUUUGUCGGACCAAUUUGGUGACUGGGAAAGCAAUGUACAAAUUCAAGAGAGAUGGCAGUGUAGUGCCGCUAUUGAUUUCUAGUUGCAGCCGUAUUGUUCUGAUAGAGGGAAAUUCGAACUUAGAUGAUGUCUCUGAAGAUGUAUCUCAUGUGUCUAUCAGGUGUUACAGACAGAAAAAUUAUACUAUUAUACAAGAACUUAAAAGGUUCAAGCACCUGAGAACGCUAAUGUUUCUCCAUGGUCGUGAAUUGAGCUUCAAGCAAGUCCCACGCGAUAUCUUUUUAUCAUUGAGGUUGCUACAGGUUUUGGAUUUGAGUCAGACUCAUCUCUUGGAGCUGCCAAGUUCUAUAGGGAAUAUGAAAUGUCUACGUUAUUUAGACCUUUCAGAGACUCUCAUCAAACGUUUGCCUGAAGCAAUUGAUUGCCUUGAGAAGUUACAGACUUUGAAACUUCGAGGUUGCUUGAAUCUCUCUUUUUUGCCAAAAGGUAUGAGAAAGCUGGUCAAUCUGCGUCAUCUUGAUCUUGAUGUCUGUCGACAAUUACGCUCAAUGCCCCCAGGGUUAGGGACGUUGAUCCACAUUCAAACAUUGUCAGCUUUCCUUGUUGAUCUGGAAGAAGAAUGCAGCAUACGGCAGUUACAGAACAUGAAUAAUCUCUCAGGGAGCUUUUGCAUCUCUAGGCUUGAGAAUGUGUUGACAAAGGAUGAGGCCAUGGAGGCUUGCUUGUACAACAAAUCGCAUCUUACAAAGCUUGAGUUACAGUGGAGUGACGCACAAGAUGAAGAUGUUUCAGUUAAUGGGGAAAUCCUCUCUUCUCUUAAGCCAAAUACAAGCCUUGAAGAGCUGCAAAUUAGUUGUUUUGAUGGAUUUCAUCUACCCAGUUGGAUUUGUGAUUCGGCUUUCUCUAAGCUGGUCGGUAUCACCCUCUUCAAGUGUGAAAACUGUUUGGUCCUACCAUCCCUUGGACAACUUCCAUCACUCAAAUUUCUGAACAUAGUGGAUUUUUACAAACUGAAGGUGAUUGAUCAUAAUUUUUAUGGAGGGCUUGGCAUCCAAGGGUUCAUUGCCUUCGGUAAGCUGGAGAAGUUAGCUAUGGAAAACAUGCUUAGCCUAGAAAAAUGGACUGGAAUGGAAAAAUAUGUUUUUCCUUGUCUUCUUACACUCACAAUUAAGAAUUGCCCCAAACUCUCCAGUUUACAUACACUUUCAAAUCUCUGUUUUCUCAAAAAUUUGGAGAUAAGUCACUGUGAUAUGCUUGCAUCUUGGACUGAUGGCAGAUUGCCUGCUUCAGUUGAGACACUCAUUAUUGAGGAUUGUCCCAUGAUCUCUGUGGAGUCCUUGAAAAAUGGAGGUCAAGACUGGCAUAAGGUGGCACACAUUCAGAAUUUGAGGGUUGAUAAUCAAGAGAUACCUUCUGGGGCAGCAGAGUAGCUUCGUUCAAAUGUCCGGCACCAAUUUGAUUUCUGCUUAUCUUUGGCCCCAAGCCUUGAUUUUGGGUAACAUUCUGCUUUUAAAUCGAUAUUUUGAAGCCGUAAUGUUAUUCUGCCAAUUACUGUGAGGAUUCUCAACUCUCAUGUUUCAUAAGCUACCUUGACUUUGGUCUUUUGAUACACAUAUUAUAUAUUUGUAAUAGUUUAUAUAUGAACUAUAACUUACAAUGUAUCAAAUUUAACCGUUGAGGAUUACCCAUAGGACCCAACUCCCCCUUUCUUAUUGCUAAUUAUAACACUGCAAUAUUUUAUUAUUUUAUAUUUUAUAUUUUGUUUGCAUUUAGUUAGCUCUUUUAGAAGAUGUCCACCUUACUAUCCUACUGAGUACUGACAUUGUCAUUCUUGUUUAGUAGUCCACCUGGUAUUAGCAGCUGUGAUCUUUGAAGUAUUCUAGGUGACUGUAAAUCUGUAAUGGGUAAGCUGAGAUUACCAUAUCUACAAAUCCAGAAGAUAUAAAA